AUGGUCAACUCCUGUUGUGGCUCCACCUGCUCUGAGGAGGGCUGCUGCCAGCCCAGCUGCUGCAGGACCCAGUGCUGUACCUCUAGCUGCUGCCGUCCCAGCUGCUGUGUGUCCAGCUGCUGCAGGCCCUGCUGCCACUGCUGCCGCCCCAGCUGCUGCGUCUCCAGCUGCUGCAGGCCCUGCUGCCAGUCUGUGUGCUGCCAGCCCUGCUGCCGCCCCAGCUGCUGCCGCCCUACCUGCUGUACUAGCUCCAGCUGCUGUGGCUCCAGCUGCUGCCGCCCCAGCUGUUGCAUCUCCAGCUGCUGCCAGCCCAGCUGCUGCAUCUCCAGCUGCUGCAGGCCUUCCUGCCAGUCCGUGUGCUGCCAGCCCUGCUGCCGCCCCAGCUGCUGCCGCCCUACCUGCUGCAUUUCCAGCUGCUGCAGGCCUUGUUGCCAGCCCAGCUGCUGCCGCCCCAGCUGCUGCAUCUCCAGCUGCUGCAGGCCCUGCUGCCAGUCUGUGUGCUGCCAGCCCUGCUGCCGCCCCAGCUGCUGCAGUGGAUCUUGCUGUUGA